AAUUCUUACCGUUUUCUUAUCAGUUAUGGUAGACUUAUGCUAAAUAUAGUAAAGUUAUAAAUGCAGUACAGUAUAAAUAUAAGGAUUUGUCUGGUAACAUAUAUCAAAUUACUGUACAUACGCUGUUGUUUUGCUCAAUUAUAUACAUUAUAUUUUCUCUCAUGUAAUAUUUUUGCAGAAAAUAUUCACUCAUAUACUUCCCUAUAUUUAGAUGUGUGUGAUGGUCACAUUUAAAGACAGCAAAGAUGUCAAUUUAUUCAGGCAAAAGGUUGAAGAUGGGGGGAGAGGUCCAGCACUAGAUCCUGGGUGUUUCCUGGUUUAAACUCAGAGUUUGUUGCUAUGAAGGAUUUAUUUAUGCUUUGCCAAGGCAGACCAGUGGAGGGCUGUAAAACACAUGAAUAAAAUAUUUGUUACACGGUCCAUUUUUCAUAUAAAUAAAUAAAAGGGUGGAUGUUCCAGGGAACGUUCCAGGGAAAAAAGGACAACUGGCCGAGUUCCAGGAGACUUAGAGCAAUUAGUGUGAUAUCUGUCAGUGGAAUGUUAUGUUCCUUGGACUGUCUGAGAAAUAUUUAUUUUACAUGACAUUUAUCAGUUUUAGCAGGGAGGAGACUGUAUAUGUUUAAUAAACUGCAAUUAGAAUUUGACUCUGAUAUGAGCAUGUGGGGUUUUGCAGGCUAUGGAAACUUUGAUAUCGAGGUAGUUUUGUGUGUGUGUGUGUGUGUGUGUGUGUGUGUGUGUGUGUGUGUGUGUGUGUGUGUGUAGUUGUGUGGUUGUGUCUCCUUCUAAAUGUUAAUUGUGUGUUGUUCAUAAUUAAAACUGAAACUGCAGUGGCUGAGUGUGUUAGCCGUCUCUAGAGAAAGUCUCAUAGAAAAGAAAAGCACAAACAAGUAUUCUGGAAAGCUCAUAACCAGUCAACAGGAAAAAUGCUUCAAGGAACAAAAACACGGGUGUUUGUAAGGAAUCACCCUGAACAAUUAACAAAUGUCCAAAAUGGAAUAAUGGACAGGCUGAAAAAACGCCUUGAGAUCCAGCUGGUGGAUUCAGUUGAUAGCUGUGAUGUCAGCGUCGCUUUUGUUCCAAUUAUGUCUCGGGCCGGAACAGACAUUGAAGCUGCACUUCGAACUAUUCCAACAUCUCCCCAACAGUCUGUUGUCCUCAUAGUUAUCCACCACACCUAUGAUGGAGAUUACAUUGCUCCAGACAGCAGUCGCUCUGUACAAAGGGAUGGUGUGUUUGCUGUAGACUUCCUCGGUCAUGAAGAUUGUGGGCUGCUGAAUUGUUUGGCCAAUGAUAAGGCACUGAAAUCCCUCGCUGAUCAUCUGGCCCCUGAGGCACCACAUACCCCGAUUAUACAGGAUUAUACACGACGUCAGAGACGUCGUUGGAUCAUUGUUGUCUUCUGUUGUUUCUUGGUUGUUUGUGUCGUCUGUAUGAUGCUACUUGUUUAUUUUCUCUAUCAGCCAAGUCGAGGAAAUAAUCAUAUUCUACCUCGGAAUAUGACCAACAUAACUCUACCUAUAACUACACCUGUAACUACACAGCAGCCUAAUGUAACUGUAUCUAAAUAGGAGACUGUUAUAUUAUGCAACUGACUAAUACAUCUACUUUCUUUAUUUAACCAGGUGAGUCAUUUGAGAACCAGUUCUCAUUUACAAUGACGACCUGACCAAGAGGCAACAUAAAAACUAAUACAAUACACAAACACAGCUAGAAACAAUGGCACGUAAAAAACACUAAAAACAUGUACAGGUACAGUGAUCAUGAGUUAGUGACUGAAUUGAAUAUUUAAAGGAAGAACGCGAUAUAAAUGAACUUAGCUUAAGAGUCCGCUGCAGAUGAUUCCAAUCACAUGCAGCGGAAAACUGAAAAGAGCAGUUUUUUGUUUACCGAUAAGAGUUUUAUAAAUGAACAAAAACCAAAGAGUUUGUCUGCGAGAAUGAAGAGAAGACCGAUUCAACAUCUGUAACUCCAAAGCAACUUAAUAUAACUACAGCUAGAGCAGCCUAACAUAAUAGUAACUACACUAUUAGCUAUAACUACACAGCACACUAAUCUAACAGUAUCUGCAAAAUAAAUAAAUAUAAAAAAAUAGUCUACUAUCGAUUCUUCUUAAUCAGCUGAAUUUUCGUUACAGUUACAUUAUUUUAUUUUGACAUUGAGUCGAUCAAACCUGUCGCAAGUAUUUUUGACAUCAGUCAUUAUACAAUCAUUCUAACUAGAAGGAAAAAAAUGAAACCCAACACUAUAAUAGAUUCUGUGCUUUAUAAAGGGUUCAUUUAGAAGUUUUUUUCUGUUUCUAAGGGUUUCUUAGACAAAUCUACCAUAACUACCUGUUUUUUUUAGUUUUAAGAUUAAAUCUAUUUAAAAUAUUUCAUGUUUUUUAAAAACAUUCAUAAUCUUGCACUAAUUCACUAAUGCAUGAAUUCAUAUUCCUUAAAUGAGUCUGUAGGUAAACAGGUCAUGUAUUUUUGCUUCUAAGAAUGAUUAAAACUCACAUAUGCUGCUGCUAAAAUGUAAUGUGAUGUUUGUGAAAAUAAAUAAAUAAAUAAAUAAAUAAAUAAAAUGAAAAACCUUUA